CGCCUGAGCUAGGGAGUAGACAGCUCAGCAGCAGCGGAGGGAGUCUAUGCGCGCUGGACAGCAGUGGGAGGUGUGUGAGGCUCGCACCCGCCGCAGACCCUCGGGCGCAAUCGCCGGGGAGCUAGGACUCCGCCACCGGGCUGCCUGGCCACCCUGCCGAGGCUUCAGACGCGUAAACUGAUGGGACUGGCUCCCUCGGCCGCAUCUCCCCGCUCUUCUAAGUGCACUGAGCGGGGCCCGCGCUGAAGUAGAAGCUGUCGGGGGGCGCGGAGCCCGGAGUCCCAGUGUGGCCUGGAGGAACGGAACCCGUGUCAGGGCGACCCAGGCGGGAGCCCCAGGACCGCGCUCCAGUUGUAGGGAGACUCCUACUUCUUCCGAGGGGCGCCGAUCCCGGGACGUUCGAGGCGUCGGGGUGGCCACCGAGUCCCCAGUGGGAGGACCUCGUCUGGGAAAGGGUGCUCAGUCCCCAACAGUCUCGGGGAGCAGGCCGGAAUCGAGUGGGAGCACCCGGGGGCGCAGAGCCCCCGUCGCGCCUGGUGCGGCGGAGAGGUCAGGGGAGCGAGCCCUCGCAGGCCGUAGCUCAUGCCCGGGUUGGGGGCGGCUGCCCAGUGAGUCCUCCUGGCCGGCCGGGCGGAGAAGAGCGACACCGAAGCCGGCAGGAGAGGAGCACUUCAAGGCCAGCGGUCGCGGAGGAUGGGAGCCUGAGCGGCUGGGAGCGCAGCGCGGCACGGGAAGGCGAGGCGAGCUUUGCUGAGGAGGCGCCAGGGGAUCACGAACUGCAGCCUGCCCCCAGGAAGAUGGCCCGGCCUGGGCAGCGUUGGCUGGGCAAGUGGCUUGUGGCGAUGGUCGUGUUGGCGCUGUGCCGGCUUGCCACACCGCUGGCCAAGAACCUGGAGCCCGUGUCCUGGAGCUCCCUCAACCCCAAGUUCCUGAGUGGGAAGGGCCUGGUGAUCUACCCAAAGAUUGGAGACAAGCUGGACAUCAUCUGUCCCCGAGCAGAAGCAGGGCGGCCCUAUGAGUACUACAAGCUAUACCUGGUUCGGCCUGAGCAGGCGGCUGCCUGCAGCACUGUGCUUGACCCCAAUGUGCUGGUCACCUGCAAUCGGCCAGAGAAGGAAAUCCGCUUCACCAUCAAGUUCCAGGAGUUCAGCCCCAACUACAUGGGCCUGGAGUUUAAGAAGCACCAUGAUUACUACAUUACCUCUACAUCCAAUGGGAGCCUGGAGGGACUGGAGAACCGGGAGGGAGGUGUGUGCCGCACGCGCACCAUGAAGAUCGUCAUGAAGGUCGGGCAAGACCCCAAUGCUGUGACACCUGAGCAGCUGACUACCAGCCGGCCCAGCAACGGAGCAGACAACACUAUCAACAUGGCCACACAGGCCCCCGGCGGUCGGAGCUCCCUGGGUGACUCUGACGGCAAGCAUGAGACUGUGAACCAGGAGGACAAGAGUGGCUCAGUGGGGAGUGGAGGCAGCAGCGGGGACCCUGACAGCUUCUUCAACUCCAAGGUGGCACUGUUUGCGGCCGUGGGUGCUGGCUGUGUCAUCUUCCUGCUCAUCAUCAUCUUCCUGACGGUUCUGCUACUAAAGCUGCGCAAGCGGCACCGCAAGCACACGCAGCAGCGGGCGCCUGCCCUCUCGCUCAGCACCCUGGCCAGUCCCAAGGGGGGCAGUGGCACGGCGGGCACUGAGCCCAGCGACAUCAUCAUCCCCUUACGGACUACAGAGAACAACUACUGUCCCCACUAUGAGAAGGUGAGUGGGGACUACGGGCACCCUGUCUACAUCGUCCAGGAGAUGCCACCCCAGAGCCCAGCGAACAUCUACUACAAGGUCUGAGAGCCCGGCGCGGCCUCGGGCCCUGAGGGACAGUCGGCUGGGACUGCACCUUUCCUUUCUCCCCACGCCCUUCCCCUUGCCAGCUGUGCCCACCUUUGUAUUUAGUUUUGUAGUUUCUUGGCUUUUAUAAUCCUCCUUUUGCCCUGCCCCUGGGCUUCGGAGGGGGUGCUUGUGCCCCCAGCCCCCAUGCUCUUGUGCCUUCCCCCUCUGGCCAGGCCUCUGGGCUCUGUGGGGGCGCCUCUUCUUGGAGGGCAGGGUUGGACGCUUAUGGACAGCAGGCAGGGGGAUGCCCCUGGCCCUGUCUCCCUUGCCCCCUCUUCCCCUUCCCAGGACUGCUUGUCCGCUAUCAUCACUGUUUUUAAUGUUUUUGUGUUCAAUUUUUAGCUGUCGACUCAUUUUCAUCUGUUUUUUUUUUUUUUUUUGGAAGAAAAAUGGAAAAGGCAGCCCCUCCCCAGGCUUUCUGAGCCUGGCUCAACCCAGUAUAAGGGGCCGGGGACAGGAAGCAUAGGAUGGCAUUUCUUUUAUAAACCCCUUGUUAUGGGGGCGGGAGAGACAAGCCAGGGCUGCUCUUGCCCCUGAGCGAAGAUGACAGUACCAUUGGGCAAGGUGUCUCACCCUCCCCUUCCGACCCUUCUGCUACAAAGCUGAUCUUGGCAAUGGGGUAGUGGCUGCCACCCUUCCACCAAAAAAAAAAUUCCUUCCUUGUGGGAUUCUUGGGCAUCUCCUGCCUCCCUCACUCUCACGGUAAUUAACGUCUUAAUUGGCUGUUGCCUGGGGAACAGGAGAGCUGCUGCAGGCAGAUGACCUCAUGGGGGGUGGAGGGAGGUGAGGUGCCCAGGUGGCUAUUUGCCCUGCAGAGCUGGGAGUUCUCCUUUUUCCUCCUUCCUCCCGCCCUGUUCUCUCCUCACCUUUGGCCCCCUUUGGCCCCUUUGGCCCAGUGGGGAGACAGAGGCCCAGGGCAGAGACCUAAGCGGGUAUAAGGCCAGGUGGCCUGCUCCUUUUCUGGGCUCUAGCACAGGUGGGUGCUCCCCCAACCCAGCUCUCAUUGGCUCCCCAAUCUUGGGCUGGGGCCUGGAAAUAGGAAGAGGCUACCCAGGGCUGGGCCAGCACGCCGUGCACUUUGACCCCGGCUCCUUGCCAGCACGGCUGCUAACAGACUGCCACUUGAGUGCGCCUUGCAGGCGCUCCAGAGUGGCCAUGGAAGGAGCUGGGCCUUACACCAUCCACCUCCACACUGCCUCCUGGCCAGCUGCCUUCUCCAGUGCCAGGUGGGAGAGAGAGGGAGCAGAACAGCCAGCCCCUUCCAGGUGGCAGUCGGAAGGGUUUUUUGUUUUUGUUUCUGUUGCCAUUUGUGUAAAUACUAGUCUUUUUUGGAAAAAAAAUAAUGUAAAGAUGUUUUGUAUAAACUCUGAAUUAUUUUCUUGUUGCUUUUUUCUUAGAAAAAAUGAGAACUAAAAAAAAAUUAACCACA